AUGCACUGCGCCGUUUUCUGGCUAAUCAUUUCGUGCUGCAUUUCGGUCUCGAUUGGAUGCGGCGGCGGCGGCGGAGUGGUGCCGUGCGAUCAACGAAACUGUCCGGAUUCGACCUGGAGAAAGUUUGUGAGGCCCAGCGGACAUGUGGUUUGCUUUAAGCCUGUUGCACAGAAAGUGAACUAUGCGGGAGCAGUGGCUCUUUGUAGCAGUCUGGCUUCAAAUUCCAAAUUGUUCGGAAUCGAGACCCAGGAGGAAUUGGACUAUCUAAAGCAGCUCGGAUCAACCUGGUACUACAUUGGCGCAUUCCGAAGCGACGAAUGCCACGCGAAUAAGACGGAGCUUCUGAAGCGCCCACAAUGCACCACAGACAAGAUGUUCAAAUUCACUGAUGGCGUCACACAAGGAACGUUCCUGUGGAGCAACUUUUGGCUAAAAAAAAAUCCGGAUUCAUACUACCGCAACGGUGAGUUCGAAAGCGUUAUUGGAUUAUAUAAUGGAUUCGUUGGAGAUUGGAGUAGCGCUGAUGUUCUUCCUGGAGCUGUCUGCGGUCUCGCACUCUGUUAA